AUGUUCGUUCGUUCUUUCUUUCUUUUUCUUUUUCUUCUUUUCUUUGUUUUUCUUUUCUUUUUCUUUGUUUUACUUUUCUUUUUUCUUUCUUUUUUCUUUCCUGUCAUUCUUUUUUCUUUUCUUUCUUUUUUCUUUUCUUUCAUUCUUUUUUCUUUCUUUUUUCUUUCCUUUCUUUCUUUUUUCUUUCCUUUCAUUCUUUUUCUUUUCUUUCUUUUUUCUUUCCUUUCAUUCUUUUUUCUUUUCUUUCUUUUUUCUUUCCUUUCAUUCUUCUUUCAUUCUUUUUUUCUUUUCUUUCUUUUUUCUUUCCUUUCAUUCUUUUUUCUUUUCUUUCAUUCUUUUUUCUUUCCUUUCAUUCUUUUUUUCUUUCUUUUUUCUUUUCUUUCAUUCUUUUUUCUUUCUUUUUUCUUUUCUUUCUUUUUUCUUUCCUUUCUUUUUCUUUUCUUUCAUUCUUUUUUCUUUCAUUCUUUUUUCUUUCUUUUUUCUUUUCUUUCAUUCUUUUUUCUUUCUUUUUUCUUUCCUUUCAUUUUUUCUUUUCUUUCUUUUUUCUUUCCUUUCAUUCUUCUUUCAUUUUUUUCUUUUCUUUCUUUUUCUUUUCUUUCAUUCUUUUUUCUUUUCUUUCUUUUUUCUUUCCUUUCAUUCUUUUUUCUUUUCUUUCUUUUUUCUUUCCUUUCAUUCUUUUUUCUUUUCUUUCUUUUUUCUUUCAUUCAUUUAAAACCCUCUUUCUUUCUUCCUUCUCAUUUCCUCUCCCCCUCAAGUUAUCUCACACCAACAUACUCUCUUGUUUGUUGCUCUUUCACUCUCCCUCUCUUUCGUUUUUAA